CCCACGUCUUAACUCGCUCCUCGCCCGGAGCGGAAGAGGAGGACAUCACCUAUUUCGCGGCGGUACACCGGCACGGUUUAGUCCUAUAUUCCUGUCUCCAGUGGUUAGCUUUCGUCAAGUUUUGGAAACCAAUUGGUAGGAAUUCAGGGGUUUGGAAGUUUUUGAUCUGUUUUCAAUUUAUGAAAAUCCAGUGACGAAGUGUUUGGAUUCGUUUAAGAAUGCCGCACAGUGAGUAGUCCAGAAGAUUCAAGAGAGACUUGUUGCGGAACAUGGCGAGGCGAAAGGCGAAGAAAACUGUUAAGAAGUCUAGCCCUAGGGAAAAAGAAAAGGACGAAGCAGAAAAUGAGUUAAAAAGUGAGGAGCAAGAACCUUUGGUCUCUGACGAGGACGUUGAACGACAUGCUGCUGCAAUUCGCGCCAUUCGGGAUGUGGAGAUCGAGCGUUUGAUUACUGAAUUGCGCUUGCUUCGUUCGUAUUUCAACAAAGAGCAAUUGCAAACUCCUCUAUUGCAAUUUUUCAAGGAGAAACUUCCAAACUUGUCCAUUUCUGGAAAAGGCGAAGUAGGAGAAAUUGAAGUACAGUGGAAGGAAACUGAAAGUGAAUUACGCGCCAAUCCAGUUGAUGGAAUGGAUGUACACGCUUCUCUCUUACAGCGUCUGUCCAUAGCUUAUCCUAACUACUCUGCUGGAAUGCGAUCUUUAAAUGGAUUUGAAUUUUCCAGUAAAUCAGUGAAAACCAAUCCUUUCAAUGUUGAGAGCCUGCAAAUUCCGAGCUUGGUUUUGGAGGCAGAGCCCUCGGAUAGUAUGAUGCUUGGAAUGACAGAUAUUCUCCAAACUCCUGGGGUAAGUAACCAAAGAUUGUCCAUUGGAAUGACACCGAGAACCCGAAGGCUUCCAAAGCCCGGUGAGAUGCUUGUAUCUAUACACGGAUCCCCCCUUGGUGUUUAUAAGGAAGACAACAUGGAAGCAAUACAUGAAUCAGAUGAGGAUUGAUUAGCUCUGAUUUGAGGCCACUUGACAGCUUGUCGAAUGUAAAAUUUCAAAUUUCUAUCUACCUUUUUGUAUUGUAUCCAACAUUUUGAUUACUUUCAUAUUAAGAGCGACUCGUACAAGGUGUAUAACUAAUUUUAGUGUUACUUUACUCAAAGAAACGAGUUAAAGGUUAUGA